AGUUUGCUUCUUUCAAGAAAAAUUAAAAAGAAAAGCCUGUAUCGCGUUCUUCAGCAACCCCCUUCCUCCCAUUUUCAGCCACUGCACACCGCCGCCGCUCUGCCCGACACCGUCUCGGCGGCCGCCGCCGCACGCUGCACUUCAGUUGUGGAAGUUUCAGUCUUCCGACGAGCUCGACGCCGCUCCCUCCUCUCACGCUCUCUCGUCUCCGAGCAAUCAGAGUUACUCAUCUCUGUAUUUCUCUAUCAGAAACACAGUGGUUCAGCCCCUCCACGCCGUUGGUGAGAUCGCGCCGCCUCCGCUAAUUGUUCAGAUCCCCAAGUGGAAAACUAGGACAUUGAGAAAUGGCAAGCCAAGCAGCUAGUUCUUUGAAUGGCAACUUGAAGAAAGCACUUGCUGGCUUGAGACGCAUCAAUUUGGAAGGCCUGAGGUGGAGAGUGUUUGAUGCCAAAGGCCAGGUUCUUGGGAGAUUAGCAUCUCAAAUAUCUACCGUGAUUCAAGGCAAGGAUAAGCCAACAUAUACACCCAAUCGAGAUGAUGGGGAUAUGUGCAUUGUGCUUAAUGCCAAGGAUAUCGCUGUCACAGGAAGAAAACUCACUGAUAAAGUUUAUUACUGGCAUACUGGGUAUGUUGGCAACCUCAAGGAAAGAAAUUUGAAGGAUCAGAUGGCCAAAGACCCUACAGAAGUCAUACGUAAAGCUGUAUUGCGCAUGCUUCCAAAAAAUAAACUGCGUGAUGAUAGAGAUCGAAAACUGAGAAUUUUUGCUGGUGAUGAACACCCUUUUGGCGACCGCCCACUUGAGCCCUAUAUCAUGCCACCUCGUAAAGUAAGAGAGAUGCGUCCUCAGGUAAGACGAGCCAUGAUUCGAGCACAAAAGAAGGCCGAGCAACAACAAAACAGCGCGAAUGUUGUAAAGAAAAGUAGAAAGAAAGAAGAGAAGGUAGAAGUGAUUGCAUAAACAAGGCCUGGUUCCUUUUGUUUUAAUGGGAGUUGUGUGGAUGAAUCAUCCAUGGCAGAUCUAAAUUAGUUUGGAAUUUCAUUGAAUUUUUAAUGGCACCGUAUAGCUUGGAUUUGAUAUCAUUUGUAAAGAUAUGAUGCCAUGCUUGGAUUUCCAUAGGAAACAUGUUUAGUUUCUCGGGAAAUUGCCAAAAAUGAGACAUUUUAGUGGCUUAACGGCUUUUGAGAUCAGAAGAAUUUUGGGACAAAUGGACAUGUGAAAUGUUCUAAUUGCACCUUAGUUAUUUAAGAAAAACCCCAAAAAUUGAAAACU